CAAACCGCAGCGUUGUAAUGUUAUGUUUAUUUGUCACUGAUGAUGAAGUCGAAGUCGUUGUGUCGCCUCCCACUUUGCAAUCAGCGUCGAACAUGAACAGAUUAGCGCCUCCAAACACAAAGAGACCACUGGUCACUGCAGUGCAGACGAGCACAAGGACUGGUGUCCACACAAACACUCCAAACUACUUCUUGUUAUUCUCUUCAUGUCGUCGGCAUUUACAUUUCGAUCCAUGCGACGACGUGUCGACCAGUUAUUCCAAAAAUAGUGAAAGACGAUUAGUAAAACACCCGAGUUUUACAUUUUGAAAGUUAGUUUGAGCAAUAAAGUAGCAAUGUUGAUAAGUUUCCUGCUUAUGUUGAGUGCUACUUCUGGUUUAUGUGCUGCAAAAUGGGUUAAUUCUCCAAAUAUUAUUUUCAUCAUGGCUGAUGACCUGGGUUGGAAUGAUGUUGGUUUUCAUGGUUCCAAUCAAAUUCCUACACCUAACAUUGAUGCCCUUGCUUAUUCCGGUUUAAUUUUACAAAACUAUUACGUUAACCCAAUUUGUACACCUUCAAGAUCUGCUCUUAUGACUGGAAGGUAUCCAAUUCAUACGGGUAUGCAACACACUGUUCUCUUUGGUGCGGAACCACGUGGUUUACCAUUAAAUGAACGAUUACUUCCUGAAUUUCUCAAACCACUUGGUUAUGUAAAUAGAAUUGUUGGAAAAUGGCACCUUGGUUCCUAUAAAAAGGAAUACACACCAAUAUAUCGUGGAUUUUUAUCUCAUCUUGGGUGUUGGACAGGUCAUUUAGAUUACAAUGAUCACACAGCAAUGGAACGCCCAGGUUGGGGUCUGGAUAUGCGUAGAAAUCUUGAUAUUGAUUAUGAUUCUCAUGGGAAGUACGUAACUGAUCUCUAUACAAACGAAGCAAUUCGUCUGAUUGGAGAACAUAACGUUACAAGACCUUUGUUUCUGUAUCUUGCCCACAAUGCGGUCCAUUCAGGGAAUCCUUACAACCCACUAGCAGCACCUGAUGACUUGGUUGCUAAAUUUUCUAAUAUUACUGAAUAUAACCGUCGGAGGUUUGCGGGAGUUCUUUCAAAGCUGGAUGAAUCAGUUGGGAAAGUGGUUGCUGCCCUGCAGAAACGCAACAUGCUCAAAAACAGUGUCAUUGUGUUUAGUACAGAUAAUGGCGGACCUGCAGAAGGGUUUAACAUAAAUGCUGCUUCCAAUUGGCCAUUGAGAGGAGUAAAAAAUACGUUGUGGGAAGGUGGAGUGCGAGGAGCUGGAUUAAUCUGGAGUCCUAAUCUAGAAAGACCUAAACGGGUGGCUAAACAAAUGAUGCACAUGGUUGACUGGUUGCCUACUUUGUUACAUGCAGCUCUAGGUCCUGAAUAUUCAGAAAACUUAACGUCACCAUAUAAAUUAGACGGUGUUGAUCUCUGGGAUGAACUUUCCAAAGACUACACAUCAAAACGUGACACGAUAUUACAUAAUAUUGAUAAUAUCUAUGGUAGUUCAGCUGUUACCGUCGGUGAUUGGAAGCUGGUAAAAGGUACCAACUAUCAAGGUGCUUGGGAUCAUUGGUAUGGACCAUCAGGACGCAAAGGAGAAUAUGAUCCACAGUUAGUGUUACAAAGUCAAGCAGGUCAAGCCUUAGCACAAAUCAAAAUGGCGCCCAGUUUGCAAGAUAUUUCCGAAAUGAGGGAACAAGCUGAUGUAAAGUGUCCCAAAGGUGAAGAAACAUUAUGUGAACCAUUAAAAGCCCCCUGUUUGUUUAAUUUAAAAAAGGAUCCAUGCGAGCGUCAGAACCUGGCUGCUUUAUACCCGAAUAUUCUAAAUCACCUAGAGGACACUUUGGAAGGGUUUAAUAGAACCUCCAUAGCACCUGGUAACAAACCAUUGGAUCCUAAAGGAAACCCAAAAUUCUGGAAUUACAUGUGGACCAAUUUCGGUGAUUAUGUUGAUGUACAACCACAAACUGUUUGAAAAAAAUACAAAAAUUUAAAAAUAA